GAAAAAUCUCACAAAAAUUUUAAUUUUUUAUUGUUAAAAGUUAAGGUUUUCAAAAAAUGAUGAGACGAACAUUAUUUUCAUUAUUACUUCUAAGCAUUCAUAACAUCAAUGCUACGCCAGAAAUUCAUUUCAGACCUGAAGUGAUAAAAGUUUCUGAACUUUAUACCAUGAAAGUUUCCCCAGAUUUGUUCAAUUGGACAAGCUCUCUUAUUGAGCAAUUUCGUUAUCGGCCAGCAAUGCGUGGAAAACCCAACUUACCAAGCUGGAUGAACUUUCAAUUCUCUAAUGAAAGAAAUUAUGGCUACAUUUACGGAUCUCCUACAAAAAAAUAUGCAAAUGAAAAGUUUGAGAUUGAGAUUGUUGGACUUAAUAAGCAAACUUAUGAAACUCGUCGAAUUAUUAUUCCUUUUGAGAUUGUUGAUAAGAAACCUCCAACAAAUAAGAUCGAAAUGAAAAUAACGAAUUUGAAUUGGGUUCAUCUUACAGACUUAGGUCGAGUAGAAAAUCUGAAAGGAAUAUUCAUAAAUGACUUGUGGCCUGAGAGUUCUCGUGAUAUAAACAUCACCUUCAUGGAAUCAGCUGUAAGACUUGGGUCGAGAGUUCCACUGAAGCCACAGAAUCGUGAAGGUGUCAUUGUGCAUCUUGGAAGUAACGCACAACUCUCCAAACGGUUACAAGAAUUAAAUGAAGAAAUCAAACCAUUAGGAAAGCUUUCCACUUGUACAUUCAAGAAAACAUCAGUACAAACAAUAUUUCAACGUGCGGGAUUUCAGGUGGAUUGGUGUGCAUUUCGGAUCAUAAGCGAUAAUACUGUCACUUCUGAUGAAACUACAAAAGAAGAAGCGAGUAUGUUCUCUAGAAAAGUUUGGAAUUCACCAUCAAAAGAUGAACUCCCAGAGAGAAAUUAUAGUGAAGAAAUUGCAUUGGCAGUAGCAAUUCCUUCAGUUUGGUUCGCUUUCUUAAUCGCACUUCUUACCGUUGUUCUGUGCUUCCAUAAUGAGAAAUUUGAAGAAAUUAAACUAACUCAACCUGUUCAAAUGGUUCAGUACUCGGGGAAUAAUAAAAAUCCUCCAACGACAACAUUGAAAAGUCUUCACGAUCCUUAUGAUGAUAAUUUGUCACUUGGCUCGCAAAGUCCAUCAAGUGACGUAUUCCGUGAAGGUUCACCUCAAAUGAAUGCUUCUUUUAUGCGACCAAAACCACCUGCAUAUAAAGGCAAAUCUGGAGAAUCUUCAGGACCUGUUGUUCAUUUCGAACGUGACAUCUGACAAACAGUUCAACCACGAAUUCUUUACUGCUAAAAAAUUUUAAUAAUACAGUGAUCUCUUGAUAUGACAUACAAUCGAUACAACAAUUCUCUCGAUCUACGUUACUUUCCUGCAUACACUCGAAAUCUGGAACAAAAUGUUCUUCGUACAACAUUUUCGAUUUCAACAAUUAUUUUAUUAACUAAGUGAAGCAAAUAUUUUUUAAAGCAAAAUAUGUUGUAAUGUUUCCAACAUCCGAUCCAUUUCUUUUGAAGUUUGAUCAUCUUAAAUUUAACUACGAUGCUUUUCCUUUGUAGUUUGAAGACUGAACAUCGAGAAUUGCAUUUCCUUUAAAGUUUGAACAUCGUUAAUUAAAUUACGAAACAAUUAAUAACAAUUUUCUCGAUAUAUUCCCUUUUUUCAAGUCCUUCAAGUAAUGAUAUAUCAAGAGUUCACUGAAUUUUCAAUAAUUCAGUAAAAAUCUCUUACAUAUCUGAUUAUUAAUUAAACAACAGUUCUUAAUCAAUAUUGCAGUGACCAACUAUUAGUAAAUAAAUUGCUGCACAUCAAUACUUAGUUGUGUAGAGUAGCUUUAAGCGUCAAUUAAUCAUACAAUUUAUUACUUCAUUCGAUGUUUAUUAGAUGAGCAAAUCAGCAAUGUUAUUAAACUUAUGAUAAUUAUGUAACGGAAGAUUUAGCGCCUCAUACAGUAAUAAUAGUAAAUGAAUCUGAACUUUAACGAACUUAAGUCUUAUCAAAUGAAUUCUUAACUGAGAAUGAUCACAGAUACAUUAAUUAGAAUGUAACAAAACGCUUCAAGAGUAGAUAUCAAAACUAUCCGAUAAUUCUCUAAGAUUCUCCAUCUGAAAUUGAAUGUACAAUGCUCAGACCACGUUAAUUUAAUAAAUCUAUAAAAACAUCAACAGUGAAUCAAUAAAAAUUUAUAAUCUAUCU